AUGCAUAAAAUACUAGGAAUUACAAUAGACAACAGACUAAAAUUUAUGAUACAUAGAAAAACAGUGAGAGAAAAUUUACUACAAUAUCUAAAUCUUUUGAAAUAUUUUGGAAACAAAAAAACCGGGAUCCAUCCGGACAUCAUGCUGACGGUAUAUAAAGCAAUGAUAAAAUCCAGACUGCUAUAUGGAGCUCCAGCGAUGUACCAAACAAAAAUGAGCACCUCGAAUUUGCAUCCCUUGCAAGCCAUAAAAAAUGAAGCUCUAAGGAUAAUCAUGGGUUAUACAAGAAGCACAACAAUCACAACAAUAAUGGCAGAAACAACAGAAAUGCCCAUAAAAUUCGAUUCGGAAAGAUCAACAUGCAGAUUCCUUAUUAAUAAUAAAAUGGCAACCAGUGACAAAAUAGAUUAUAUAAACGACAAUACAAACUAUAAAGAACUACUAAAAAAACAUGAAAACAUAGUACAAACAGCUAAAUUACAAAAACAGGAAGAAAUAAUACCUUCAAAUCUAAAAAUUCUGGAAAACAUUCCUGGUUUGGAAAAUUCCACAAAAAAUCAAAUCUCAACACAAAAACUGCGAAUGUGUACUCUACAAAAAAUAGAAGAAUAUAAGGACCACUUCAAAAUAUUCACAGAUGGAUCAAUUAAAGACGAGAAAAGAGGCUUUGGAAUAUUUUUUGAGCAAACGAAAGAAACAAUAUCAAGGAAAAUAAAAGAAGAAAUACCAAUUUACACGGUAGAAAUGAUAGCGAUUCUCUAUGCAAUAAUAAUGGCAAUUAGAAUGAAGAAGAAGAAAAUAGUAAUUUUGACAGACUCUAAAAGUGCCAUCCUCUCUCUGAAAAAUCUUAAAAGUGAAAAAUAUUAUGAAAAUAUCAUUCAUCAAAUAGCCAAGAAAAAUCCCAAAAUAGACAUUACUCUACAAUGGAUCCCAAGUCACAUUGGAAUAGUAGGUAAUGAUAGUGCAGACAAAGCAGCUAAGGAAGGAGGAAAGAGCAAUGAGAUAUAUCAAGUCGAGAUCCCAAAAAAAAGAAAAUUACAGAAUUAGUGAAAAUACAAUAUUGAAGAAAUGGCAAGAGGAAUUCGAGCUAGCUACACAAACGAGAGGAGUAUUCUACAGCAAAGUUAUAAACAAAAAAUCCCGAAAGAACCUUGGUUCAAAAAGAAAAAAAUUGAAGUGAACAAAAUUAAAAUUUUUAACAGAAUAAGAGCCGGACAUGGAUACACUAAAAAAUUUCUAAAAAUGAUGAAAGUGAUUACAGAUGAAAAUUGUGAUAAGUGUGGAAAACAAGAAGACUGAACAUAUACUAAUAGAGUGUGAUAAAUAUAAAAACAUUAAAUCCAAAUAUAAAAUACUAAAUAAUAAAUACAAUCUCGUAGAAAUUGCGCAAAAAAUAGACUUAAAAAGUGUAAAUGAAAUCAAUGGCUACCUCAGUGAAAUUAAAAGUGAAAUUUGAAAAAGAACAAUUAAAGUGAAAAGUCGUUAACCAAUAAAAACACAAACUAAAGUGGCGGGCUGUGUGGAUGUCGAAAUGACGUCCGGCCCUGAAAAAUUUAAAAAUAAGAAGAAGAAGAAGAAGAAGGUUUUUGGGGGUUUGUGUUUGUUUAUAAAAAUUAUCAAGGCAGGAAAACAAACGGAAAUGCAAUGAAAAGCGCCGAGAAAACACAAAA